AUGCAUCUUCAUUCUCGUUUAUUCACUGCUGGGCUCUAUGGAGCAUCUUCAAGCUCAGGCCCAGGAAUCUCGACAGGCGCCAUUAUAGGCAUUGUUGCCGGUGCGGUUGCCGUGGUGCUUGUGAUGAUAAUUGUCAGCGUGUCGCUUGUGAGGAAACGCAGCAGGCUAAAUCAGCAAAAUACGCCGCAGAAGUAUCCGCCUAAUCAGUAUGUGCCGCAGACGAUUACUACUCGCCGAGGAGUAUUAUAUCAGCCACAGCCUGCUCCACAUACGUGUGCUCCGGAUUAUCAGCCGCCGUCGGUUCCUCCUCCUACUUACAAGGAACGGGAAGAUGGAACCCAGCUUGUUGCAUAG